CAUAAAGCUUGAUGCGAUCAGUGACAAUGCUAAACAGACCUUUAAGGAGAUUAGUUUGAUUUGUUUGUUUGUUAUGAUAGAGAAAUGAAACAACUAAUAUAAAAUCAUGAUUUCUCUCUUGAUUUUCUCUUUCUUUCUCUUUGUAAAGAUUACUCUUUUCUUUUAUAUAUAACACAUUGACUAUUGCUUCCUUCAUUCACUUGCUACACUAUGGCUCGUGACACUGGACAACCUACCAGUGUUCCUCACAAAGGUUGCAAUUCGUCCAGUUGUUGCUCUCCAGCAAAGUUAUGGCGAACACUACAGACGCUCAUCAAAAACGACGAUAAAAAAGAACUCGUCCAGUUCUUCAAGGAUGACCGACUUGUUCAUAUUGUACGUGUUGCCUUGACUUCAAGACUGACGAACGAUGCUGCACUCUAUCCUCCUUCUCAGCAACACAAAGUGGUUCGAUUGACUUCAAGGGAAUCCAUGCUGUGCCUUGGUAAAUCAUUUACGGAUCUCAAUGCACUCCAACUGGCCCUUUUAGUGAGUUCGGAAUCCAUGGUCUUGACACUUUUGCACCAAUUAAAGGCACAUGCCACACGCGCUGAACUCAAGCAGUUUGUGAAUCAUAUUUGGGGUCAGGGCAAUUCGUCCCUUCAUUUGGCUUGUUUCUUGAAACGUAAGGCGGUGAUCAAGGUCCUUUUGGAUCUAGGCUGUUCGACUGAUAUUCUGAAUACAAAAAAAAAAAGUGCUUCGGAUUGCUGUCUAGGUGAUGCUUCUGUCUUGGCUAGUUUAGAACCACCCAAGCAAAUAAAGCAGAUCAAAACUGAACCUGUUCAACCCAAAAAGACGACGGAGAAACCUGAAGAAGUUUUGCCUGCUGCUAUUGUUGUCUCUCAAGUUCCAUUGCAAAAGGGACCUAUUGCCAAUCCAGAAGAAUUUCUAGUAGCUUCUCAUUGUUUGUUAUUAUUUUGUUUGAAACACCAACUGAUAAUCAGCAACCAGAAUACUAUUGUGCAACCCAACCAUUGCAUCUCCUUGAAUCAACUAAAGAAACCACCCGAUAUACUAUCUUGUUAACACUCUUCGUUUUAUUUUGCACUAUCAAAAACAAGGCUUUCCUUUCCUUUCUUACCCCUUCCCUUUCCCUUGUGAUUUCUUUUUUUUUCUUUCUUAAAAGAAUCAUAUGUUUUUUAUUUAUAUACAUACAUAUACAUAUAUUUGAAAAUAGCUCUGUUAUUAUAUAAUUACUUCUGUGUGUGAUAAUAUCCCCUUCUCCCCCUUUAUAUAUAUACAUAUAUAUAUAUAUUAUGCUCUAUUCAUAUAUACUUAUGAACUGGAACUUUUGUAGACAAAUCUUUACAUAUAUACUUUCUUUAACUCUCUUUCUUAAAACAAAAUCUCAAUGAAUACUGGAACUGUAGAUAACUUAUGAAAACAUACAUAUAUAUUUCUCUCUCUCUCUCUCUCUCUCUCUCAUAUAUAAAAAUCGCUUUUUUUUGUUUUUUAUCAAAAAAAAAUCACAAUAAACAAAAAUCACAAUUCUUAUCCCUU